AUGAAUUCAGCCAAGCUUGCCGCGCUGAAUGAGCUGGACAAUGUGCUCAACCCUCGAGUCCCACUUUAUCUUCUUCUGCGCCGCAAUGAAUCUCUAGUCGUCAUCACGUACGUCCCGUAUCUGGCCAAGGAAGACCAACGCGCCUUGUUUCUUGCCCACAGACACGAGCUCGUAGGGCAGCUAGGCGAGAAGCACUUCAGCACGUCGUUGAUUUGCAAAGAGAUUGGCGAAAUCACCGAUGCUCGAUCUUGGGACGAGAGAGAUGGGCCUGGUGGAGGUACCGUGAACGAAGCGUCGGAGCAAGCAGAUGAACGCGGAGCACAAAGUACAUUAGAAGGAGGUGUGAAGGACAUGGGCUACAUGAAGAACAAAUGCCGCCUCUGCGACCGCCGCAUGAAGAACGAAAUCUCCCCCGACGCUUUACAAGCCCUCGAAACACUCGAUCAGUCCGGCGCAACUGUACAAAUAUCCCUCACCACGGAAACCCUCACCCUAACCUUCGCCCACAAAAACAUCCCGCCCACAGCCCUCCCCCCUCUCCUGCCCACCACUAAACCGAGUUUCACAUUUUACCGCCACCCCACUACACGCCUUCUCGACUUCAUCUUCCACUCACCCGAUAGCGCAACGGUGCGCGAGCGCAUGACGCACACCAUGGCUAUCCCCGGGUUAAUCAACGUGCACGCUGUGGACCAGGGCAUGCACGUCGACCAGAAGAUUGAGAUCCACGAGCCGGGGGAGUUAGUUUUCAAGGCAGAGGACCAGGAGCGUGUUGGGAAGUUUAGGAGUGUUUAUUUGAGGAGGGAGAGGUUUGAGGGGACGGAGGUGGUGUAUGAGAAUAUGGAGGGGGACAAGGAAUUCUAUGAUAGUGUUGGGGGUGGGGUUAGUUUAGAAAGUGUGCGAGGAAAUGGGUGAAUGAUUGAACGCAUGAAUUCUUGAAUUUGGUUGGCCUUUGAAAAAAAAAAGUAGGCCCUUGUGCGUCUUCUAUCAUGCCUCGUGUCUCUCGUCGUAUCGUACAAUGACCCACCGCAAUGUCCGUGUGGAUAUGCUAUAUAUGUAAUAUGCACCAGAGUAAAUGUCGAGAUGC